CCCUCCUCCCCGCCGGGGGCGCCAGUCCGGGCGGGUUCCAGGGGCGCCGCUCUGGCCGCGGAGCCACUCUCGGUGGCCGGGGCGGGGCGGCUCGUUGGGCGGCCAUGGCGGACACCGAGAAGCUCAACCUAGACUCCAUCAUCAGCCGCCUCCUGGAGGUCCAGGGCUCACGGCCGGGCAAGAACGUGCAGCUGACGGAGAACGAGAUCCGAGGGCUGUGCCUCAAGUCGCGGGAGAUCUUCCUCAGCCAACCCAUCCUCCUGGAGCUGGAGGCCCCCCUGAAGAUCUGCGGUGACAUCCACGGGCAAUACUACGAUCUGCUGCGGCUUUUUGAGUACGGGGGCUUCCCUCCCGAGAGCAACUACUUGUUCCUGGGCGACUACGUGGACCGAGGCAAGCAGUCGCUGGAGACCAUCUGCCUCCUGCUCGCCUACAAGAUCAAAUACCCUGAGAACUUCUUCUUGCUGCGUGGCAACCAUGAGUGCGCCAGCAUCAACCGCAUCUACGGCUUCUACGAUGAGUGCAAGCGGCGGUACAACAUCAAGCUCUGGAAGACCUUCACCGACUGCUUCAACUGUUUGCCCAUCGCCGCUAUCGUGGAUGAGAAGAUCUUCUGCUGCCAUGGAGGGUUGUCUCCUGACCUCCAAUCGAUGGAGCAAAUCCGGCGGAUCAUGCGUCCCACGGACGUGCCGGAUCAGGGCCUGCUCUGCGAUUUGCUCUGGUCGGAUCCCGACAAGGAUGUGCAGGGCUGGGGCGAGAACGACCGCGGCGUCUCCUUCACCUUCGGGGCCGAGGUGGUGGCCAAGUUCCUGCACAAGCACGACCUGGAUCUCAUCUGCCGGGCACACCAGGUGGUAGAGGACGGCUACGAGUUCUUCGCCAAGCGCCAGCUCGUCACCCUCUUCUCGGCACCCAACUACUGCGGAGAGUUUGACAACGCGGGCGCCAUGAUGAGUGUGGACGAAACACUGAUGUGUUCAUUUCAGAUUUUGAAGCCGGCUGAUAAGAACAAGGGCAAGUACGGGCAGUUCAGCGGGCUGAACCCCGCCGGGCGCCCCGUCACCCCGCCCCGCAACUCUGCCAAAGCCAAGAAAUGAGCCGCGUGCCGCCCCCCCUCACCCCCAAAAGCCCCCACCCGCAGCAUCAGGUCGCUUUUCUUUCGACUUGUUUUUUAUUUGGAAGCUCCUGCUCCGUCCCCUGGCCAUGUCCGUCCCCGUGUCCCCCCGGCACCAAACAUAGCCCUGGAGCGAGGCAGGAGCCCAGAGCCUAACCCUGGGACCCCCCCUGCACUAAAUGCAGGUGAGGGGGGAGCCCAGAGCCCAAGGCUGGAACCUCCUUGCACUAAAUGCAGCCCUGGGGUGAGGGGGGAGCCCAGAGCCCAAGCCUGGACCCCCUUCCUCCACCAAACGCCCCAGGGCACAGCGAGGAGCCCAGAACUCAGCCCUGGGACCCCCCCUCCACCAAACACCCCACGGCGAGGGGGAGCCCAGAAUUCAACUCUGGGAUCUCCCCUUUGCACCAAACAGCCCUGGGACACGGAGGGGAGCCCAGAAUUCAACCUUGGGACCUCUCUCUUGCACCAAACACAGCCCUGGGGCACAGGGGGGAGCCUAGAACUCAACCCUGGGACCCCCUCUCUACCAAACACAGAGGGGGGAGCCCAAAGCCCAGCUCUGUGACAGCAG